AUGGAACCAAACCAAACACCACCCGAUAGUACAGAAUUUCUCGCACCAGUCAAUUUUGAUGAAUUCAUUAUAGCGGAACCAAGUUUAAAUCACUUUCCAAUGCCCCGAGGUGGAUGUGCAGGGUCCGAUUCCCAGUCAAACAAUGUCUGGCCCACUAGCCACGAAAAUGAGGUUUCUGGGCGAUUGAGAAGUGAUUCCGUCCGGCGGAAAAGUGUCUCUAACCAAAAUAAUCAAACCGAUGUGGCAUCCUCUCGCACACCUGGCUCAUAUACAGCUUGCCGGAGUCGUCGCCAGAGUCUUGCUCAAACUGGUGGUACGAAUACUGCUGCAUCGCGAGCCCCUCGCAAAUCGAUAGGUCCAGGCUCUAUCCCCGCGCCUGUAUCUGCAAGGCGGCAGAGUUUGUCCUCCAGAAAAGCAAGCGCUGACACGACUCGGGUCGAUCAAGCAAACUUCCUCAGUCCACGAGGACAACAGCUUGAUGCCGGCUCUUCCGAUAGAAUGAGACUAACAGCAAGCGCACGAAACAUCAAAGCCAAGUCGCUUCAGCCCCCAAGGAGGGAGCCACAUGAAAAUCUCCUACCUACCUCCGGGGUCCCAGAUCACUCUCGAUCGUCGUCCACCAAUGCGGUGCGGACACCAGUCAAAAGUGUGGCUGAAUCGACGACUACUCCAUCCUCGUCAUCGAAACGAAUGUCAGCUAUGCCACCACAUGCGACAGGCCUUGGGGCUCGCACAAUAAGUCCCACUGAUGCACGGCGCAUGAAGCGCAUGUCAACGGCACCUCAGACGCACCAAAUACCUUAUACUCCACCAACCCAAACUGACCCUAUGCCGCUUCGCCCUCGUUCAGGUGCUCCGUCGCCUUCAAUGAUUCCCCGAAAGAGCGUAACCCCGUCGUCAACCAGAACUACACCAGAUCCAAACCGGAAGUCCUAUAGUUCCGGCUUUUCUUUAUCAUCCAACACCAGUUACAACUCUGCGAGAAACUCCCAAGGGUCUUUGCAAGCGCGCUUUUCACAGACUUCAUCUUCGUCCCGACUCCCAACCCCCAAGCCCCGCUUGGAACACGUAGUAGCAGAUGAGGAGGUUCCCCCUGUUCCUGCAAUUCCUAAGGCUUAUGAGUCGCCCAAAGGUGAUUUUGACCUUCCAAAGUACGUCGCUCCCCGCAAAUCGAGCUUGCCUGUGGACAUCCAUCUCUUGAGGCCUAGAUUUGAUGCGGACUCGGACACGAAUGCGCCAGCUAGUACAGCCGACAAUGACGGUCUAGAAUCUGGCGAUGGGCGAGCCAUGAAAACACCUGAAGCCAAGUCCAAACCAUCGGCAGGGCUAGGUAAAAAGAGCUUGCAACCACUCAAACUGCCGCCUUUGAAUUUGCUGCCUCUUGGGACGCCAAUGACAACCAAGAUUGAGGCGCUCCGUGAGCGAGAGGAAGAUGCCAAAUCACACACACCAACUGGCCAAAUUAUUUCCAAGACGCCGAGUACUCCUUUGACCGCGUCAAAAGCAAAUUUUUUUGCGUUCCAGGAUGAAGAUGAUACGGCACCACGAACCCAAGCUAGAAGCAGCACCGCUCAUUUCGUGGUUAGCUCAUCCGCAAGUCAUGCUCUCAGGACUGCCAGUAGCUCUAGUGCCCUUGCAUCGUUUGAAAAUACCGCCGGCGGGGCACGAACCGUUUCGCCUUCUGUUUCAUACACACUACCGAAGAGCAGCAGCGACUUUACUUAUAUUCGCCAGAAAGCCAGUGGAGACUAUUCUCCUCAGGCAUCGCAACCAUACAAGCUCACCGGCCCUCGCCCUCAGACCCAAUCCUCUGCAUUCUCUUCCAAUGCAGAAACCAUUAGCCAGCUGUCAACGCCGUCCGAUCCCGACAAUAAUAGCACUUCCGGUUCCUCCCUUCGAAAUAGGAUCGUGUUGCCCCGACAGCGGAGCACUUCAAGAACCCAGCAGGCUCCCGAUGUGAUGACUACUGACCCUACGAAGCAUGACCCAAUGCCACCUCCUAAGCUUCCAGCGUCUGCAACCUGGAGCAACCUAGCAUCGUCAACAAAGAAUACGAGCCCUACUCUUAAGCCAAGUUAUCUCAAGUCAAGACGGCAAUCUUCUAUCAACACGACUAAUCCGGCAUUUAGGAAACCUAGUUUUAGUAGCGAGCAGAGUCUUGCAUUGGAGCCAACCCCCUCGAACGAGUCUGGAGAGAGCGACGCCCCGCAACAUCGCUCUGCCGCCUCAAUUCUUCUGCCCGUUCAUACGAUUAUCAACUCCGCGAAGUCAAGUGCCGGGUCCAAAUCUGGAUCGGUCGACCCCGUCAAGGAUUCCGAUAUCCAGCUUGCUGACGAUGAGAUGCGAAAGCUAGGUAGUCGACGCAAAGACUUCGAGCUCGCCGCUAGAGACUUGGAUGAGCUGCGUAGUAAAUCGGGACCAAAAGAGCGUGUAAAUCCAGCGCAGGCUCUGAGAAUGGCUAAUCUGAAUAUCUUUGAGCGUGGUGAAAUUAUCGACUUCAAGGAUAUUUAUUUCUGUGGUACCCAGAAUGCAAAGAAACAUGUGGGUGACCUGAAUGCCCAGACUGCGAACUUUGGCUACGACGAUGACCGUGGUGACUAUAACAUCGUGAUUGGCGACCAUCUUGCAUACCGAUAUGAAGUGAUCAAUGUUCUAGGCAAAGGAAGCUUCGGUCAGGUCGUGAGAUGUGUGGACCACAAAACUGGUGGCCUGGUUGCGGUUAAGAUUAUCCGUAACAAAAAGCGAUUCCACCAACAGGCCCUGAUCGAGGUUAACCUCCUUCAGAAGCUCAAGGAAUGGGAUCCUCACCGACGCCAUAGUGUGGUUAACUUUACCCAAAGCUUUUACUUCCGUGGUCAUCUCUGCAUCUCUACUGAACUUCUCGGGAUGAACCUUUAUGAAUUCAUCAAAGCACAUGACUUCAAGGGGUUUUCUCUCAAACUCAUUCGCCGUUUUACUAAGCAGAUGCUUAGUACUCUCGUGCUGUUGCACGCCAAGAAAGUGAUCCAUUGCGACCUGAAGCCGGAAAAUAUUCUUCUCGUCCAUCCCAUGAGCUCCGAGAUUAGGGUUAUUGACUUUGGUUCAAGCUGCUUCGAGAACGAGAAAGUAUACACGUACAUCCAAAGCCGUUUUUACCGCUCCCCAGAGGUUAUCCUUGGCAUGUCAUACGGCAUGCCAAUUGACAUGUGGAGUGUCGGAUGUAUCCUGGCUGAGCUCUUCACUGGCUAUCCAAUUUUCCCUGGAGAAAACGAACAGGAGCAGCUUGCCUGUAUCAUGGAGGUGUUUGGCCCUCCGGAGAAACAUCUGAUUGAGAAGAGUACUCGGAAGAAAUUAUUCUUCGAUUCUUUGGGCAAGCCGAGGCUGACGGUCUCAUCGAAGGGUCGUCGUCGACGUCCCAGCUCCAAGGAACUUAAGCAGUCCCUGAAAUGUGACGAUGAAGCCUUCCUUGACUUCAUUUCCCGUUGCCUACGUUGGGACCCUGCCCGUCGUCUCAAUCCGCACGAUGCGCUUCGACAUGAGUUUAUCACAGGGAUCAAAAUGCCAUCACGGCCUAGAACAUACACGACGGGAGCAAAUUCCAUGGCCAAACGAGGAAACCUCUUCUCCAACCCGUCGACAGGUCGACCGCUCCCAGAGCCCCCUGCAACAAGUCUCAAGAAUGGUGCCUUUGUUCGUAGCCGCGAUGUCUCCGGCAACUCUCCGGUCAAGCCACCUAUUGGCAAGCGGCAUUCUACUGUGAGCGGUAUACAGCCUUCAACUCCUGCAAAACGAGGUACCAGCACCACGACGGCAGCACCUGGGUCGGCGUUGCCUCGUGUCUCCGCGAGGAGCAUCAGUGGAAAGCCCGACCUUGCUACAGCGGCGGCAGCCACAAGCUUGGACUAA